GGGAACUGAGUCCGUAUAGCACAGCGGGGUGGGGGGGCACCCCUUGCCCCUCUGGCAUCUGGCUCCGGAGAGCACCCUUCCAAAGCUGCCCCGGGGUAAGACUUUAGUUCAUGGUUGCGUGGCCAAACGUGAGCAGGGCGUCUGUGACCAGAGGAAGAGACAGGUGCGCAGUCCGCCUGGCUGCCCCUCUGGCCCCCUUGACUCCCUCUGAGCCCCCGACAGCGGCCCUUGAAAUGCAGGGGGAGCAGACCUGCGUGCCGAUGGGUUAAUUCUCCGGGCACAGUGGCAGGUGUGGAUGGGAUGGUGCUGAACGGUCUGGUCUGUGACGCUGCCUCUUGAUUGGGUGUGUGUUUUGGGGGGAUAUGUUGAAAGACAGAUCUACAGCCGCUCUGCAACCCCCAUCCAUCUCUUGAGAUGGGGGCGGGCAGCAUGCUGAAUGACGACACCCCCAGGUGACCCUCAGGUGCCUCCCCCUCCAACCCCCAGAGGCCUGAAACCAGGACCCGAGAACAAGUGUGUGGUGAGCAAACAUGAGCCCUGGGCCGGGUUCCCCAAGACGGGGCUCAGGAAGGACUAUGUCUGGCAGCAACGGAGAAGAAAAACCCAACUCAGCCAGACUUCCUGGCUUCUGAUCUGAGGGAGCUUGCUCUUUGCACCCUUGCACGGGGCACUCGCCCUGAGAAAAUGCCCGUCUCCACCCAAGUCAGAGGAUGUUCCCUGCAGCAGUUCCUGGCCCAGCUGAUGGUUUUUCUCAUCAGUUUCGUGAGCUCCGUGUUCUGUGGGCACCUGGGGAAGCUGGAAUUGGACGCGGUCACGCUGGCGAUUGCGGUGAUCAACGUUACGGGUGUCUCCGUGGGGUUUGGCUUGUCCUCUGCUUGUGACACCCUCAUCUCCCAGACAUAUGGCAGCCCCAACAAGAAGCACGUGGGGGUCAUCCUGCAGCGGGGCGCCCUGGUCCUGCUGCUGUGCUGCCUCCCCUGCUGGGCGCUCUUCCUCAACACCGAGCACAUCCUGCUGCUCUUCAGGCAGGACCCGGCCGUGUCCAGGCUCACCCAGAGCUACGUGACCACCUUCAUCCCGGCUCUUCCUGCGACCUUCCUGUACACUUUACAAGUGAAGUACCUGCUCAACCAGGGCAUCGUCCUGCCCCAGAUUGUGACUGGAGUCGUAGCCAACCUGGUCAACGCACUCGCCAACUACCUGUUUCUCUAUCCGCUGCACCUUGGGGUGAUGGGCUCGGCGCUGGCAAAUACGGUUUCCCAGUUCGCCCUGGCUCUGCUGCUCUUUCUCUACAUCGUGGUGAAGAAGCUGCACCGCGACACCUGGGGAGGGUGGUCCUGGGAGUGCCUGCAGGACUGGGCCUCCUUCUUCUCGCUGGCCGUCCCCAGCAUGCUCAUGCUGUGCAUCGAGUGGUGGGCCUACGAGAUCGGGAGCUUCCUGAGCGGUACCCUGGGCAUGGUGGAGCUGGGAGCCCAGUCCGUCGUGUACGAGCUGGCUGUCAUCGUGUACAUGGUACCCACAGGCUUCAGCGUGGCCGCCAGCGUCCAGGUGGGGAACGCGCUGGGGGCCGGAAACAUCGAGCAGGCCAGAAGGUCCUCGGUUGUCGCCCUGGUGGUCACAGAGCUUUUCGCAGUAACCUUCUGCGUCCUGCUCCUGAGCUGCAAGGACCUUGUGGGCUACGUUUUCACCAAGGACCGGGAAAUCAUUGCCCUGGUGGCCCAGGUGGUUCCGAUUUACGCUGUUUCCCAUCUCUUUGAGGGUCUGGCGUGCACCUGUGGCGGCGUGCUGCGGGGGAGCGGAAACCAGCGGGUCGGGGCCAUUGUCAACACCAUCGGGUAUUAUGUGGUCGGCCUUCCCAUCGGGAUUUCGCUGAUGUUUGCCACUGGACUUGGAGUGGUCGGUCUCUGGCUCGGAAUCAUCAUCUGCACCAUCUCCCAGGCCGUGUGUUUUCUGGGCUUCAUUGCGCGGCUAAACUGGAAAACAGCCUGCCAGCAGGCUCAGGUCCAUGCCAAUUUGAAACUAAACGUGGCCCAGGACGGGACCGCAGUUCUCUCGAGGGAGCCACCCUACCCAGUGGGCCCUGAAAACCUCGGAGGAGUUUUGCUGAGAGAUGUUGCCAAAAAAGAGGCGACCCCGUUGGGUCAGCAGCCGCCCCAGGAAGAGCACGUCGAGGUUCAUCCCAGAGCCGAGCCGACCUUGUCCGGGAGACAGUUGCUGCUGCGUCGAGGGCUGCUGCUCCUGGGGGCCGUGUCCCUCUUGCUGGUGGGGAUUUUAGUGAGAGUGUGUGUCAGGAUUCAGUGACGGGGCAGGAGAGGGUCAGGUCACGUGAUGAGAGGGAGACCGGCAGGUCACGUGAUGCUUGUGCUGCCGAACAAAGAAUUCACCGGCCCUGAGGCGGCAGUUCGUUUGCAGGGGACUUUAUGGAUGUCCCGAAGGGAGGGUUCCAAGGUAUUUUCUGAUGAAGAAAAGGAACUAAUGUAAAAAAAUACAUGUUAGCCCAAGACAGCACCUGUUGUAACCGAGGACCCCAAGCGCUGGCUGCCUGGAUGGAGGGCUUUGAUGUUUCUUCUGCUUACUGGUUUCUUGUUCUUUAGACACAAUCCCACAUACCGAGGAUACUUAAGGAUUCUUACUCUCUGAAUUAUUUAAAAUAUAUUUUACAAUGUAUCUUUCCUGC